GUGUCGCCAUCUAGUGGUCAGUCUUUACAAUUACUACUACAUGCUGCUCCGUAUUACGUGUCUUUUUACAUUAUCUUAUAUUUUACGUAUAAAUGGCGUUUAAAAUAUGUUCCAGACUCACUGCGUUAACUCUCCGAUUGAAGUCUCAUCCGACCGCCGUUGGUACGUUAAGCUCCGGCUGCGGUUUAACGGUGGAACAUGACCGACAGAACCGGCGCUUCACCGUCACUCCGGGCAGCGGGGCUGGCGACCAUGACUCUGCUGUUCUGUACUACAGAUUCACUGGGGAGAAGGAAGUGGAUCUAAUGUCAACCUAUGUACCAGCGACAUUUAGGGGCCAAGGUGUUGCUGCAUUGCUGUCACAAGCUGCCAUGGACUUCCUGGUUGAAGAAAAACUCAAGGCGCAUGUCUCUUGUUGGUAUAUAAAGAAAUACAUAGAGGACCACCCUCUACAACGUUAUAAAGAACUUGUAAUCACUUGACUGCAGCCUGUUGUUCCAGUCUACAGCCUGGAAUACUACCUCAAAUCAACCACAACGUCAUGUGCACUGUUGCACAGUACUACAAAGGUCACAUGGAGGAUGUAAAGCGUGCCAUACUUGAUGUUCAGCAUCCACAAGUCUUAGCUCAUUGUUAAAACCCCUCCCUUUUCUGCCUGCUGUUGGCUUUUCUGGCUUUCCUGACUGAGCUGGCAGUUUGAGAGGGUUUGUUAGUUAAUUGAUGUUAGGCCCCAACCAAGACUAUUUAACCCUUCUAUGGUAUUCCGGUCAAAUUGACCCAUUUCAAAUUUUCAAUUUCAAAAGAAGAAAACUGGUACAAGUUAAAUUUUUUUCCACCUGAAAAUCAAUGGCCUUACCUUAUUUUCUUUGAUAAACAUGUAUUCCUGACUCAAUUCAGAAAGUUAUAUUCUGAAUAUAACCACUUAAGUUUUUUCGAAGAUAAGAAUGAUCACGUUUUUAACAUGAAUUAUAACCUUAUGACAAAAAAAUGACUCGC